GUUUAUUUGUUUAGGAGAAGCCCAAAUCAAAGUUCAGUUUUGUGUUAUUAGUCCUCCUAACAGAGGCAACGCAGCACUUCCCACAAGUUCACAGCAAAGGAUGUGGGCCAUCGUGGUCAUCUCUGCGGCCUCGCUGCUGGUCGCUCCGUGCUCGGCCGGCAUCAAAGACCUCAGCACUCACUUCAGCGGUCCGGAUCCGGAGCCCAGAGGGUUACAGCCGGCUGGGACGGAGGAUGUGGAGGCCAUUCCCAUGGAGGUCCACAAAGCAAACACGGUCACUAACGAGUUAAUUUUUGACGGCUUUGAGGAUGAAGAUUACAUCGAUUUUGAUAAAAUUCUUGCUGCCGGCAGCGACGAUUACACCGAGGCCGAUGAGAUUGAUGAGAUUGCAACACCUCCCCCUGACAUCGACAUCUUUGCUGAACCCUCUGACCCAAAGAUUCGCCGCGCUCGGCUGCUGCGGCUUUUCCACGGCAGAUCUCGACUCCAGCGCCUCAACACCGUCAACGCCCACUUCGGCUUCAACCUCUACCGAAGUCUCCGGAACCACGUGAACCAGAGCGACAACAUCCUGCUGGCGCCGGCGGGGAUCUCCAUCGCCAUGGGGAUGAUGUCUUUGGGCGCCGGGCCGGGGACGCACCAGCAGAUCUACAAAGCUCUGGGAUUUGCGGAUUUCGUCAACGCUAGCGUUCACUAUGACAACACGACGGUGCAUAAGCUGUUCAGGAAGCUCACGCACAGGCUGUUCAGGAGGAACUUUGGCUACACGUUACGCUCUGUGAAUGAUGUGUACGUAAAGAAAGAGGUCACGCUGAAAGACGCCUUCCGCGCACAGACCAAGACUUAUUAUUUUGCCGAGCCUCAGUCGGUGGACUUCAGAGAUCCGGCAUUUCUGGAGAAGGCCAACAACCGCAUACAGAAACUUACCAAAGAUCUGAUCAAAGAUCCUCUAAAGAGUGUGGAUCCAAAUAUGGUGCUGAUGCUGCUCAACUACCUGUACUUUAAAGGGACGUGGGAGCAGAAAUUCCCAAAAGAGAUGACUUACUAUCGCAAUUUCCGAAUUAACGAAAAAACAAGCGUUCGAGUGGCGAUGAUGACCAACAAGGGGAACUAUCUGGCCGCCGCCGACCACGAACUGGACUGUGACAUCCUACAGCUCCCAUACUCAGGAAACAUAAGCAUGCUCAUCGCCUUACCGAGGAAGAUCAGCGGGAUGAGAACGCUGGAGCAGCAGAUCUCCCCAACUGUUGUCAACAAGUGGCUCAAAAGCAUGACCAACAGGACCCGUGAGGUUUUGCUGCCUCGCUUCAAACUGGAGCAAAGCUACGACUUGAUUGAAAACCUGAAGGAGAUGGGCCUCUCCGACAUGUUCCAGGAGAGCGGAGACUUCUCUGGAAUGACGUCAGAGAGCGUCUCCAUGAGCUGGCUGAAGCACCAGGGAACCAUCACAGUCAACGAGGAGGGAACCGAGGCCGCCUCACUGACCCAAGUCGGCUUCAUGCCGCUUUCCUCUCAGAUCCGCUUCGUGGUGGACCAUCCCUUCCUCUUCCUCAUCUAUGAGCACCGCACUCACUGUCUCGUGUUCGCGGGCCGAGUGGUCAAUCCCUCACAGAGCUGAAGCGUUCACUUUGAAACGCUUUUUUCAGUGGAUCUGGCACUUAACUGACUGGGUUUUUUUGUCUUAUAAAUGUAUUCUCUCAUUGAACGUGUUCAAUCCUGUUUCUAAUGUUUUAUUCUUUGCAAAUGGAGAAUUAUGCUAAUAACAAACGGCCAUUUCUAGCUUUUAUUAAGCUGUGCUGUGACAAGUUCACAAAAAUAAAAAACAGCGUUUCAUGUGAGUAAAAACUUUAAUUUAUAGUCUUAGAAAGUAAUACCCAUCAGUAUAAAAACAAAUGUUUUGUAAGUCUAUUUUUGUUUGACGUCAUUUCAAACUUUCAUUAAACGUGAACGAUCCCUGAAGGACACUGAUGUGUGAUCAGAAUAAAUAAAAGAACAUGAACUGAAA